UUUGUGUCAUGCAAUUAAUAAGGAUACACGUUAAGUUGCAGAGAAUCGGAGUGGGGCCCUUAAGGAAAUAAUAGCGAUGCGAAUGAGCGAGCAUUCGGUGAUGUUAUCUAUCCCUUCAUAAAUUGAGAACUCCGAUCGAGUGACUCAGACGCUGUGGAAGCGGAAUCGGUUGCAGAAAACCCUAACCUCAAUUUUCCGGCGAAAUGGGAUCGAUCGGGGUGCUCCUGGUGGGGAGGGUCUUCCCCUACCUCGAGCAAGAGCUCGACAAGCGCUACAAGCUGUUCCGCUUAUGGGACUACCCUCAGAAGGCGCAGCUUCUCAGUCAGCACGCCGCGUCCAUCCGCGCGGUGGUCGGACACGCCGGCGCCGGCGCCGACGCCGACCUCAUCGACGAGCUGCCGAAGCUGGAGAUCGUCUCGAGCUUCAGCGUCGGAGUGGACAUGAUUGACCUGGAAAAGUGCAAGGCCAAGGGGAUUCGCGUGACCAACACGCCGGACGUGCUCACCGACGAGGUCGCCGACCUCGCCAUCGGCUUGACGCUCGCGCUCCUCCGCCGGAUCUGCGAGUGCGACCGCUACGUCAGAAGCGGCAAGUGGAAGAAAGGUGACUACAAGUUGACCACUAAGUUCUCUGGGAAAACUGUUGGCAUUGUUGGGCUAGGGAGAAUUGGGCAAGCAAUUGCCAAGAGAGCUGAAGGAUUUAACUGUUCAAUAUGCUACUACUCUAGAACUGAAAAACGCGACUCAAAUUACAAGUACUACCCAAGUGUUGUUGAAUUAGCAUCUAACUGCGACAUACUGGUGGUUGCUUGCCCACUAACGGAGGAAACUCAUCACAUCAUCAACAGGGAGGUGAUCAAUGCACUUGGUCCCAAGGGUUUUCUUAUUAACAUCGGACGAGGUAAGCACGUUGACGAGGCUGAGUUGGUUUCAGCACUGCAAGAAGGUCGUUUGGGUGGGGCUGGGUUAGAUGUGUUUGAAGAUGAGCCUGCUGUUCCCGAAGAGCUAUUUGGCCUUGAAAAUGUUGUCUUGUUGCCUCAUGUUGGAAGUGCCACUCUAGAAACUCGAACUGACAUGGCUGACCUUGUCCUCGGAAACCUCGAAGCUCAUUUCCUAGGAAAGCCACUGUUAACUCCCUUGGUUUAAUCAUGGAACUACCGGGGAGGACUCAUUGCCCUGCAUUAUUUACAUUACCAUCGUUUAAUAAUUUUAGUGACAUGGAAAUUAAUUAUUGUGAGAGAUUCUUAAUAUCUAUCUUUAUCUAUUGUAAUCAAUGAUUUAGUUCUUCAUCAUGACAGCUUAAUAAGAUUAUCAAUCUUGAUAUGCUGCAGUUAAGCACAUGCAA